UGCCUUGUUCUGUUUUGGGUCUUUUUUCCCCGCUAUAUUUUGAUUGAAUACAUUAGAUGAUAAGGGGGACGUUUUAAUAUAAUAGAUCAGGAAAGAGAGUCCAGAAUAUGAAACUCUGCACUUCCUGUUUUGGUGUGACGUCAUAACCUGCCUCAAGCGCUGUCUUCAUCGACAAAGCCAAUCUGGGUCGCAGUCUCAAUCCGUCCAAACUUCCACGGUGAAACUGAGUCAUGAGAAUGAUCAGACGCACGUUUGGACCAGCCGGACGUGUCAUCGCUUCUGUCCCACGCUUCUCUGCUUCUUCUUCUGCUGGACACGUGACAGAAGAUGGAAAUGAAUCGACUGACAUUGUCCCAAAACAGGCCUCUCUCUACGUGCACUGGCCUUACUGCCUGAGAAGAUGCUCCUACUGCAACUUCAACAAAUACAUUCCCAGAGACAACAACGACCAAAUGAUGACGGCGUGUCUCCAGAUGGAGACCGAAACGUUACUGAGGAUCAGUCAGGUGUCCAGGAUCACAUCAGUGUUUUUUGGCGGUGGAACUCCAAGCCUGGCUCCUGCCUCCACUGUCUCUGCAGUACUUGACACUGUCUCCAAACAUGCCUCGCUCUCACAUCAUGCAGAGGUCACCUUAGAGGUCAACCCGACUCCCGCUGGAAGGUCCAAGUUGGCAGAUUUCUGUCAAGCAGGAGUGAACAGGUUUUCUAUCGGCGUCCAGUCUCUCCAGAACACCGAUCUGGCAGCCCUGGGUCGAGACCACAGUUCACUCGACGCACUGCAAACUCUGGAGCAGGCCAGGAAACUUUGUCCCGGCAAAGUUUCCGUGGAUGUGAUGUUCGGACGACCCCGACAGAGCGUGAAGUCCUGGGAGUCUGAGUUGUCAGAGCUGUUGCGCGUAUGUGACGACCAUGUGUCGCUGUACCAGCUGACGUUGGAGCGAGGAACGCGGCUGUUCAGACAAGUGGAACAGGGAGAGAUGACGACUCCUCCUGAGGAGGCGGCUGCUGACAUGUAUCACGUGGCCAGAGCGACGCUGCGGCAGCACAGCUUUGACCAGUACGAAGUGUCAAACUUCGCAAGACACAAUGCUGUGAGUCACCACAAUCUAAACUACUGGAAAGGUGGACAGUACAUCGGCGUCGGCCCAGGAGCUCAUGGUCGAUUCAUUCCUCACGGAGAAGGAGGUUCGACCCGUGAGGCUCGGACGCAGACGCUAGAACCUGAGGUGUGGAUCCGAGAGGUCCGGCAGCGAGGCCAUGCGACGCGGAGGAGGAUGAAGCUGAACCAUCUAGAACUGCUGCAGGAGGUGUUGGUGACGGGACUGAGGAUGACGGACGGCAUCACACAACAGCACUGGGACCUGUUUAGCCCUGAGUCGGGUCUUCAUGAGGUCUUCGGUGCCUCCACAGAGGUCAAUGACUUAAUCCUAAAUGGCCAGCUGCUUCUCGAUGAGAGAGGUUUGCGCUGCUCUUGGGAUGGACUUGCUGUUCUGGACAGCCUUCUGCCCACUCUGAUGCUGGCCCUGGAGACAAGGAUCCUCCAGAGACCGCAACCUGAAGAAAGGAACUCGCACUCAUCAUGAUGUUGUGGUGCAGGUUCUCACUCUGCAUUUACCACCUCCCCUCAUUUCUGCUCUUGUUGCUUCCCUUUCACUCAAGCUGCUCCUCAUCUCUCACAGAUCAGUUGUUUCACCCUGCCUGCACUCUCUUCUUCACCUCACCACCAUGGCCUUUCACUGCGGUCGAAGCCAGGUCUAUUUGGAAUUUUAGUUUAGCAUCUUCCAUCUUGGUUUUUGGAGUGCAGUCAGACAACCACCAGUGAGACAGGAUCUGGUACAGACAUAUAAGUAUUAUAUUAAAAAAUAUUAGUCAAAGAUAAUAGAUAAAACGUUUUUACUUGCUUGGUAUAACUAGUAUUUUUUUAUAAAAAAAUAAAAAUAAAUAAAACAACAUCCUUGUUUGUUCUCUCCUCUUUAUGGUAGUACUUUUUUUGACAGUUUUGUCUGACUCACUAAAGUGUCUGACUCAGCACUCAUUAAUAUUCAUGACAAAACUGAGUGUUUGUACCUUUCAUCUUCUGACCUGUAGCAAUAUUGGCCUCCUCAUUUAUUUCAAAUACUCAAGACAGGGACCAUUGAUUUACCACAACUUUCCCCCUCAUUCAUAUUCAUGUCGUGGGCCUUCAAUGUGAAAAGAAUACUAACCAGGAGCUCUCAGACAAUGUCCCUGGAAAUGUGUGAUGCUUGUGUUACCAUAGCAACACAAGAGCGAGUAAACUAAUGACGCUGAUAGAUUUUAAAAAAAGAAGCAUUGUGACACUUGGUCCUUGCGGGAUGACGCUCUUCUGUCUGCGUGGGUGUUUAUGUGAACAAGGCUGAUGACAACAAUAGUUCACGUUUGAGGUUGCUUGACUCAUCACUCUCACACACUUACUCAGCCUCGCACGCACAGCCUUUACGUCCUCGAGUGUUUGAAACUGAAGGACGCUCUUCUUCAUCUUGUAUUUUUAUACACAAAAUGGACGCUUAUCAUUUAUUCUUCCUCUCCACAAGCUUUAUUGUGUUUGAAAUCGUGGCCAGGCAAAGGCAGCUGUCUGAUUUAUUCAUUCAUAAGUGUUUUUUAAAUCCGUUGUAUGAUGAGGGAAAUGGAAUUUUACCUGAUAAAUACUAUUCGAGUCCAGUCCCUAACGUUUUUCAUUCUUAAUUCUGUAAAAUGUCUUUGAUAUGAAUGAUUGGUAACUGCACAGUUGACUUAGAAUAGAAUAUACACCUGUUAUUUUAAGGUCAGCUACGAUCU